UUUCACUUUUGAAGUUUUUCUAGUUUCGUUAGCACAUAGUAAGGUACUAAAUCAUUUAUCCAGGAGCAAAUGCUGACCCAGAGGGAGACAGGUUAUGGGCAGCUAACACCCGAGAUGCCUGUGAAAUAGCAGAGUUAUUAUUGUCCAGGGGAGCUUAUGUUGACCCUAUAUGCGCAAAAGGAACACCUCUAAACGUUGCUGCCCAAAAGGGAAAUGUGAGAAUGUUGGAAUUGUUGUUGAGGCAUCAGGCAAAUCCUAACACAGUUGUGCAUUUAGUGUAUACACCACUUUCAUAUGCUAUCUCCGCUUCUUCACUGAAAUGCAUGGAACUACUUAUUAAGGCUGGUGCUGAUGUCAAUGCUGGUAGGCCUGUAGUAACACCAUUAAUAAUAGCUGCAUCCUAUGGCUUCACUUGUGGCAUCAAGUGUUUGCUGGAAGCUGGUGCUGAUGCAAAUAUUCCUGAUGAAUUUGGUAGAACAGCAGCACAAAUUGCUGCAACCAAUGGAUGGAUGGACUGCGUUGAGAUUCUUUCCCCUCUCACAGCCUCUGCAGGCACUGAUGAUCCUCUGGAUGCAAAUGAUGGAUUUGCUUUGAAAGUUCAAGGGGAUGCUGCACUUGAGGGAAAUGAUUAUGCUGAUGCGUUGGCUCUCUAUACCAAGGCAAUUGAGAUUGACCCUGAUGAUUCAACCUUGUAUGCAAAGAGGAGCCUUUGCUGGCUGCGUAUGAGUGAAGAAGACAAAGCUUUGGAUGAUGCUUAUGCCUACAGAGCUAUGAAGAUCGAUCUAUCAAAUUCCUGCUAUGAGCAAGCAGCAGCUCUGAUACUGGUUAAGAUUAAAACUCGCAGCUGCAUCUGCUGA